CGGGCGGCGGCGGAGGAGAUGCGUGGUUCCCUCUUCCCCAGUUCCUGCUUGAACUGGCUUGUCAGCUGGGGGCCCGCGGCUCGGUGGUAGUUGACAUGCCUCUGUGCAUGUGGGAGGCUUCUAUUUCAGUAGAAAAGAGGAUCUGAGGAAGGCAAGGGGAGGAAAUAAAACAACCCUUGCCUCUGCAGCAGAUACUAUCUGUUAAAUCUAUUCUGUGCAGAGUUAAAUGAAGCCAGGGGCCAACUUAAGUGUAAGGCAGGAUUUCAUAUGUUUUAUGUAACCAGACUGCAUUGAGAAGAAGCCCCUCAGGGUUUUGUGUGGGUGGGGAAAAAAGAGGUACUUGCAAUGCAGGCAUAGAAGGUUGGCAAGAUCACAUCUAAAGUUUUAUCCUACUAACCAGAAGGAAUACUUCACCUGUUAACAGUGGUCCUUCUGCAUAAGGAAACAUUCCCACGUGGGAAAUACCAUGAAGCUGACGUAUGGCAUUAAAUAGGGCCGAGUUUUGCGUGGUACACUUCUGGCGUCCAUGUGUUGGAAAGCUGUGUCGAAUGGCAGCUUCCCAACAUAUGGAUGCAGAGCAAAACACAUGCAUGACGAUUUUCUGUACAUUGAAAUACUUGCGUGUUUAUUAUUAAAGUCAUUUCUUUACUGCUUUGUAUUCCUGGAAAAAGAAUCUGUAAGGGGUUUGCAACUUUCCUUAAAGCUUCAGAUGAAAUACAGUAAAGAUCCACCAUUUAAAGCAACGUAAUUAACAGAAAAAUAUUAUUUGUAAACAUUAAGAAAUUACAAGUAAAAAAAGCUAAUAUUAAAAAUGUACAUAUUAAGCAUCAUUAGUGACUAAACCGAAUAACUGACAUUGAAGUUGUGCCACCACCCCGGCUCCCUUCCACUUAAAACAUAUGAAGUAGUCCAGUUUGAAGUGGGAAAUCUGUACUUGUCUGUGUUGCGGCUACGUGAAAAAGAAGAUAGGGCUGCUUCACCUUCAAUAGUCAUGCAGAAGAAAUAAUUCCAGCAGCUGGUGAAAGUCUUCAGCACUUCUAUUAAAGUUGCAGAAGUCCAGUUUGCUCUUUCACCCAGCUACCCUGCUUGCAUAUACAGUGGUACCUCUAGUUCUGAACUUAAUUCGUUCUGGAGGUCCGUUCUUAACCUGAAACUGUUCUAACCAGAGGCGUGCUUUUGCUAAUGGGGCCUCUUGCUGCUGCUGCGCCGCCAGCACACUGUUUCCGUUCUCAUCCUGGGGCAAAGUUCUCAACUCGAGAUAACUCUUCCAGGUUAGCGGAGUUUGUAACCUGAGGCAUUUGUAGCUCAAGGUACCAUCUUUGGUAAUUUGCAGUAUGAUGUGACUCACUGUAUCCAGAAAUUCCACUGCAAAUACUAACAACCAUAAGAGUAGUGGAAAAACCCACCCAGAUAGAAUUUUUAGCUCCUUGUGUUCAUAGCAGCAGUCUCUAUUUGUUCCAAUUUAAUUGUUGUGCAUCAUAAGUAAAAGGCAUUGUCCUUUUGAAAUGACCCAUUUUAACAAACAAAACAAGGCCUGACUAUGCAUAUACAGUAUAGAGGACUUGGUACUCUUAGGCCCAGGCUGUUUCUCCAGUCUAUUGUAGCAGUGGUGAAAGCAGUGAGGAUUUAGAGAUGAAGGAUAAGAAGCCCUCAGCCUUGAUUCUCCCUCUUAUGCCAGACUUUGGGUAGAGGUGGGCUGGCGGCAAUAGUAGUGAAUCCUGGAGUUAGAGCAGGGGUCAGCAAACUUUUUCAGCAGGGGGCCGGUCCACUGUCCCUCAGACCUUGUGGGGGGCCGGACUAUAUUUUUUUUGGGGGGGGGAAUGAACGAAUUCCUAUGCCCCACAAAUAACCCAGAGAUGCAUUUUAAAUAAAAGGACACAUUCUACUCAUGUAAAAACAUGCUGAUUCCCGGACCGUCCGCGGGCCGGAUUUAGAAGGCGAUUGGGCCGCAUAUGGCCCCCGGGCCUUAGUUUGGGGACCCCUGAGUUAGAGAGAGGACAGGAAGACCCACUAGAACACUGUGUGCUCUUUAGCAGGCUGCAGACCUUCCUCCUCUCAGAAACCUAUAGAGGAAGCUUUUUGUGUUCAGUAUGAAUUGAAAUGAAAUAACUUAUAUGUAUCAGAAAUACUAAAAGUUUUGCAUUCUCUUGGAUUCUGCCAAUUUGUCCUUCCCAGGAUGGAUGUGGGCAACCAGUUUUUCCCAUACACUAAUGCAUGGCAGAAAACAUUUCUUUGCUUUAUUUUUCCACAUUAUAUUUUCCAUUUCACAAGUUCAUUAUUAUCAAAUAAUGGAGGCCAAUUGCAAAUUCUCAUUACCUAUGCAUGUAUUGUGAUAAAAUUAUAUCAGUUCUGUAGACAGUAUUUUUUCCAGAACUGGUAGAAUACCUUCCUUAGUGAAAGUGUUCAGUCUUAGCACCCCAUUUAUAAGAUAUAUUUUAGAUUACUUAUAUUUUACAUGUACAAAAUACAUGCACGUUGUGUCAGUUUACUUAGCUGCAUUGUCGCUUUUUUCCUUUUAAAAUACAUUUGAGCUGUGAUAGGAAAAGUUCAGGCCCAAACUUGCUUGAGUUCUAAAGGCAUAACCUGAAAUCCUCACAUAUGUGCACCCUUUGUAACUCACGCAAUAUGCAUAUAUUAUGUACUCUUAAUAGCUUUAUCACAAAUAAAAUAAUCUGAUGUGGCUCUUGACCAUCUCAGUGGAGUUGGCAGUGGCCACUGAGUGUCACAUCACAAAUUUACGAGAUAUACAACAAUAGAAUUCUUAAACACCUCUGUGCUAUGCAACUUCAAAAAUUAGAAGGUUGAAUAUUAAGUGUUGAAUUAUUUGUCUGUUGUCGUUCACCACCUUAUAACCUUUGUUUUUUUCAAUUUUGAGUCAUCAUGCCAACAUUGGUAUUGCACUGGCACUAAAUGGUGGGCAAAAUUGUUUUCCUGAGAGCAUCAGAAGAGCGUUUGUUGGUUGCAAAGAAUGGCUCAACAGCAAGCACUGAGAUUUCGUGGACCAGCUCCUCCACCAAACUCUGUCAUGAGAGGCCCACCACCUCUUAUGCGCCCACCUCCACCUUUUGGUAUGAUGCGAGGCCCUCCACCACCACCCCGGCCUCCGUUUGGACGUCCUCCAUUUGAUCCAAAUAUGCCUCCAAUGCCACCCCCAGGAGGAAUUCCUCCACCUAUGGGACCUCCACAUCUACAGAGACCACCUUUCAUGCCUCCUCCAAUGGGAAAUAUGCCACCACCUCCUGGUAUGAUGUUUCCUCCAGGAAUGCCACCUGUCUCUGCCCCUGGAACACCAACAAUGCCACCUACUGAAGAGAUCUGGGUAGAAAACAAAACUCCAGAUGGAAAGGUUUAUUACUAUAAUGCACGGACACGUGAGUCAGCAUGGACCAAACCUGAUGGAGUGAAAGUUAUUCAGCAGUCUGAACUGACACCAAUUCUUGCUGCUCAGGCCCAGGCUCAAGCUCAAGCCCAGGCCCAGGCCCAGGCUCAAGCCCAAGCUCAAGCUGUAGGUGGUUCCACACCUACUACUAGUAGUCCUGCAUCAGUAUCUCCAUCUCAAUCAUCAAAUAGUCAGUCAUCUACAACAUCUACUAGUACCACAACGACGUCUGUUUCACAAACAGUUUCCACACCUACAACACAAGACCAGACCCCCAGCUCAGCUGUUUCAGUUGCCACACCUUCAGUCAGUGUUUCAACCUCUGCUCCUUCUGCUACAUCUGUGCAGACUGUACCCCAGCAAGUCCCACAGACUUUGCCUCCUGCAGUUCCUCAUGCAGUACCUCAGCCGACAGCAGCAAUUCCUGCUUUCCCACCAGUAAUGGUACCUCCAUUUCGUGUUCCUCUUCCUGGCAUGCCUAUUCCACUUCCAGGUGUAGCAAUGAUGCAAAUAGUCAGCUGCCCGUAUGUAAAGACAGUCGCUACCACCAAGACCGGUGUUUUGCCAGGAAUGGCUCCUCCUAUUGUACCUAUGAUCCAUCCUCAGGUUGCUAUUGCCGCUUCACCUGCUACAUUGGCUGGAGCAACAGCAGUCUCUGAAUGGACAGAGUACAAAACAGCAGAUGGGAAGACUUACUACUAUAAUAAUAGGACACUGGAAUCAACAUGGGAGAAGCCUCAAGAACUGAAGGAGAAAGAAAAAGUAGAAGAGAAGAUGAAAGAAAGCAUUAAGGAGCCUGCCGAAGACCCUUUGCCUAUGGAGACUGAAGAAGAGGAACCCAAAAUUGAACCUAUCAAGGAACUUAUAAAAGAGGAACCAAAAGAAGAAGAAAUGACUGAAGAAGAAAAAGCAGCUCAGAAAGCAAAACCUGUCGCUACUACCCCUAUUCCUGGUACUCCAUGGUGUGUGGUGUGGACAGGUGAUGAGAGGGUUUUCUUUUACAACCCUACCACACGCCUGUCUAUGUGGGACAGACCAGAUGACUUAAUCGGAAGAGCAGAUGUGGAUAAAAUUAUUCAGGAGCCUCCUCACAAAAAAGGAAUGGAUGAAGUGAAAAAACAAAGGAUGCUAAUAGAGGCCUCUCUUACAGUAAAAGAAGAGCAUGAAAUGCUAGAUGAAACAAAUGAUGAUGAACCAAUUAAAGCAAAGAAGCGGAAGAAGGAGGAAAACAAAGACAUUGACUCAGAGAAGGAGGCUGCCAUGGAAGCUGAAAUUAAAGCUGCUCGAGAGAGAGCAAUUGUCCCGCUGGAAGCGCGAAUGAAACAGUUCAAGGACAUGCUACUUGAAAGAGGGGUUUCUGCAUUUUCUACUUGGGAGAAGGAGCUACACAAGAUAGUUUUUGAUCCCCGCUACCUGCUUCUUAACCCUAAAGAAAGAAAACAGGUAUUUGAUCAGUAUGUAAAAACCAGGGCAGAAGAAGAGCGCAAAGAGAAGAAAAAUAAAAUAAUGCAGGCUAAGGAAGAUUUCAAGAAAAUGAUGGAAGAAGCGAAGAUUAAUCCCAGAACUACUUUUAGUGAAUUUGCAGCCAAGCAUGCUAAAGACUCACGAUUCAAAGCAAUUGAAAAAAUGAAAGACCGGGAAGCCUUGUUUAAUGAGUUUAUCACAGCAGCAAGAAAGAAGGAAAAAGAAGAUUCGAAGACCAGAGGAGAGAAGAUCAAAAUGGACUUCUUUGAACUGUUAUCUAAUCACCACUUGGACAGUCAGUCUCGCUGGAGCAAAGUGAAGGACAAAGUAGAGACUGACCCUCGUUACAAAGCUGUGGAUAGCUCUUCACAAAGGGAGGAUCUUUUUAAGCAGUACAUUGAAAAAAUAGCCAAAAAUGUGGACUCUGAAAAAGAAAAAGAAAUGGAAAGACAGGCUCGCAUUGAAGCAAGCUUGCGUGAACGAGAGAGAGAAGUUCAGAAAGCUCGCUCUGAACAGACAAAGGAGAUUGAUAGAGAACGAGAGCAGCACAAACGAGAAGAGGCCAUCCAGAAUUUCAAAGCUCUCCUAUCUGAUAUGGUGCGAUCUUCAGAUGUGUCGUGGUCCGAUACUAGAAGGACACUUCGAAAAGAUCAUCGGUGGGAAUCUGGCUCCCUUCUGGAAAGAGAAGAGAAGGAAAAACUAUUUAACGAACACAUUGAGGCACUUACAAAGAAAAAGAAAGAGCAUUUUCGGCAACUUCUAGAUGAAACUUCAUCAAUUACCUUAACAUCAACAUGGAAAGAAGUAAAGAAAAUAAUUAAAGAAGAUCCCAGGUGUAUUAAAUUCUCCUCCAGUGACAGGAAAAAGCAAAGAGAGUUUGAAGAGUACAUCAGAGACAAAUAUAUUACAGCCAAAGCGGAUUUCAGAACGCUUUUGAAAGAGACCAAAUUUAUAACAUACAGAUCCAAAAAGCUGAUCCAGGAAUCUGACCAGCACCUGAAGGAUAUCGAAAAGAUAUUACAGAAUGACAAACGUUAUCUGGUACUUGACUGUGUGCCGGAGGAGAGACGCAAACUCAUUGUGUCCUAUGUAGAUGACUUAGAUCGCAGAGGUCCCCCGCCUCCUCCCACAGCUUCAGAGCCUACAAGACGAACAACAAAAUAAUUGUGACAUACUCUUGAACAAGAAUAUCUGUUAAGUCAAGAAGAUUGCAUGAGCCAUCUGUCAGGUUUAAUCGUAUACAUUACCAUGAACCUAUUGCAAAAACCAUCCAAGGAGCAGAGAGAAAAGCAACAUUUGUGAACAUAAAGCAGUCUCUAUACAGAGAGAACAUUUGCAUUAUCGAUGCUUUUUCUCUUUGUCGCAUGACUGACAAAUAUUCUAACCAUGCAGCUAUUUCCAGUGAUUUUUAGGUCCUAGAACAAUGCGAUAUCUGUGUACAAGGUUUGAAUGUUGGUAGCAUUUUGAGGCGUUCUUGGCAGCGUUACAUGUGAAAGCCUUGGGAUGAUUGAUAUUUGUGGUUUGAAGUUAAGAACGGCAAAAAAUACCACAGAUAUCCUAAUGGGAGAGCCAAGGUCAGGCAUUCUUAUGAUUAAACUAUUGACUGCUGAAGACAGCAGUAAGAUUAUGCCCCUUCAUGAACCUGAAAAUAUAGGGCCUAAUUCUCUACUCAUGUGUGGCCUUUCCUGUAUAUAAAUCAGGACUAACCCCAUUAACGUCAGAUCCAGCAUGAGAGGAGAAUGAGCCUUGCAGUGACCAAAUUGAAUAAACACCAUUUGAUCUUGUUCACAGGCCUGCUUUGAUUCCCCCCUCUCCUUGUCCUCCCCAGUAGGCACAAUCAAGUUGCUUUGCCCAGUAGUCUGGUAAUGUUUUUGCUGUAAAUUGGAAAUGCACAGGAAAAAGUGUGUUCCCCAGGAUAGCACGGUUGUACAAAUAAACUUUUAUUUACCAUAAAGUGAUCUCUACCAACUUCUGGAUUAGAAUAUGAAGUUCCCUUCUGGGUAUUUCUUGUAAACUAUAUUCCUGUUUUGAAUGUUAAACUUGUGUUUCUAAAGUUUAAUUUUGAAAUGUUGGGAUUGUUCAGUUUACGUAUUUGAACGACAAUAAACCAACCCUUUUUAUAUAUGGAUUGUAAAUGCUUAGUAAAUGGCUCAUUACAUUUGGGCAGAGUGGAGGAGGGAGAAUGUGAAGCAAAGGAAUUACCAUAUCCAUAGCCCUUGCAGAGUAUAAGAUGGUGGCACAUUUUUCUAUUCCCUUCUCCCCUUUUUAGAUAGAUAGGGGUGUUUUUUCUUAUUUCAUUUCCAGGUUUUCUUACCCAGUGGGAAGGAAAAUAAGUAUAUUAGCUCCAAGGCUGGCAUAAUUUGAUGUUGCCACACCUACAGUGGGAAGACUUAUGAGGGCUAACAUUCGCGGACUUCCUCAGGAAUCAUAGGAUCACAUCCUAAGUGUUUAUUUGAUGAAUCAGGCAAUCUGGAAAUCAUACAAAUAGGCAUGGGAUUUUUUUGGAGAAAUCACCUACACAUUUAAAGUAGUCAAAAUGCAAGAGCAUGGGCAUCAUAAUGGUGUGUGUGUGUCAUUUUUUACUUUUUGAGGGAUUGUAUGAAGGAUAUUGCUUGCUAAGGGUUUGCAGUGUAUUCAGAGGAUUCCCAAGCUAAAGUAAAUUGCUUUAGAGGGAUUCUGGCAUUGUCCAAGGUGAAGCAGUAUGUAUGAGAUGCCUCAAGGCAAGAAUCCCACCCCCAAAGUUUGGUGAUUUGAACACCCAACAAAUGCUGUAAAGAACAUGUCUCUAAAGCUUACCUUUUAACAAAAAUGGCAGGGUGGUUUGAGGAAAAGGUAAAGCACCUGUUGUGAUUGACAGGUCUAGCUUGAAAUCAGAGGGAAUGAUUACUGUCCAACUAGAUUUGACUGUCCAAUUCCAGUGCUUUUGGGGGAGGGAUGUGGGAGUAAAUAGCCUUAGUGUUGAAUAAAAUACUAACAGUAUCUAUAUUUUGUUGAAUUUCAAGGUAAAAAUAAAGUAUAGCUUUCAUUUCUGAGUACCACAGAGCACUUUAGCCGCAAAUGCUUCUUUUAAAAAUGCAUAAUUAGUAUGUGCACAUUUCCUCACUAAUGAAAGUAAAGCGAGUUCUGUAGGGCCCCUUUGUCUUUAGAGUUGCCAGAUCAUUUAUGAUACUCGCCAUGAAUGGAAAAUUAUGGGGUUGUUGUCAUAGGUUGUAUAUGCAUUUACAAACACCCCCCGCCCCCUAUUGCUUGCAGACCAUUUCAAUCAAAGAACUCGGAUCAACAGAUGACUGGUGGAAUAUUUCUCCUGUAUGAUUCCAGAGACAUCCUACAGAUGCAAAGUAUUAUUACUGGUAUUACUGGUAUUCCUUUUGCGUCUCUUUCUAUGGUGCUGGUGAGGUAUGCAAUAUAAACAGUGUCUUUGGUAAAGACUUGUCUUUAUAAACUUGCCUGCUUUUGGGGGGGGAGGAAUACAUCUUGCUUUUGUGGUUGCAUCAAAUAUAGUAUUUACUUCAAUAAGGUGAGCCUGGUGCAGUAGGAGCAAACUUCACACCCACGUCUUAUUGCACAAACAGUAGCCAAUGCAGUUGCAAUCAAACUAAGUGUAGUGAUGAAAGAUACAAUGCUCUGUACACAACCAAGUGAAAAUACAUGCAUUUAUGGAUACCCAAACAACUUGGAAGUUUAUUGAAACUGUCAUGUUUAACCACACAUAAUCUAAGUAGUUGUUCGGGUUGGCAAUUUUUUUACAAGCAAAAAUAUGGUAGCACGUGAUCCAAGAGCUGCAUCUCAGGAUAUUUUGCAAUGUCACAGAAGCACAACUCUUUUUUGGCAAAAUGCAGUGUUGCUGUUCCAGGUUUUGAUCCAGUGGAAUAAUCUGCUAAUGUAAAAAGGGGAGGUGAUUUCUACCAGUUCCCAUUCAGCCCGCUUUGCCACCUAACACCUUUCUGGAAGAUCUGCCAACUCCCUGAACAGACUGCAGGAGGAAAGGGGAAGCAGUGAAAAUUAUUUUUUGCCAUAUGAUAAAAGACCCCCUCCACUGGAUCAACAUCUGUUCUGCAAGGAGAAAAGGCAUCACUGGAUUUCAUCCACAAUAUGCAUUGUUACUCCCCAAUGUCCUCUGUUCUAUUAAUGCAGCCUAAGGCAAACUCAUUGAAUCUCACAGUGUAGUAGCCACUAGAGGCAACAGAAAUGUCUUUGGCCAGCCCUGUUAACUGAGUUCUAUGCAUUCAAAAUGUUUCCAGGAACAGUUGUUGUGUCCCUGUUCGUUUCAGAGGGAUGUGUACCAAUUAAAAUGUCAUCAAUACAUUGGAAUCGAAUAGCUGCAAGAUCUGAACUGUAACUUUAAUCCCCUGAACUUUUUAUGUAUGUACAGUUCCACCUUUAAGCACUCAGAAAACCUAUAAGGAUGAAUAGCACUUACGUUUUAAAAGCUAGUUUGCUGGAGUCAGUUUUUCCUUUCAUAAACAAAUGUGCUUCAGCAGUUAUGAACAGUAUUGCUAUGUGAUGGAUAAUGCAUGUAGCAUUGCACUGAAAUAAGACUAAUCACUGUCCUGCAUAUACAAAAGUUAUAUUCCCAGAACUGUGGAAAUGAGCCACACCUGAUGAUAGAACUCAAUCAGCAACUCACUUGCUCUUUUCAAAAACAGUAUUUUAAAUGAGUCCUCGUAUGAAGAUGAAACAGCCAACUGUAUCUACAACUGAGAGAUAAAGUAAUAUAUAAAUUAUGUACCUUUGGAAAAAUAUAUAUACCGGUUGCAUAAUAAGGUCCUGGUGCAUUUGAUGUAAGUGAAGUGAUACCACCUCAUUUUGACUCUUGUUCAAAACUCGCCUUGCUGCCAAAUACAAAUGUUAUAUUAAUUGCUAAAUGACUAUACAGUGGAAUGGAAGAUUUCUACACAGCCUGGUUUGGAACACUAUACUGUACUUAAGACUACAAAACUCAUUUCUGUUAUUCGUGUAAAGUGGCAAGCCCAUUAAGAAGGCUGAUCGGUUAGCAGAAAAACAUGAGCCACAUUGUCUUUGAGCAUGUUUAAUACAUAUUAAGUGUAAUAAUGAGAGAACCUGCAAUGCAUACUGCUUCAUUAGUUAAAACCAAAUUGCACCUUUUGCUCUGCCCUUCUUUUUGAAUUGGUCAAAACCUGUUCAAAGCUGUAAUUGUUCACCCCAAAGCGUGUCUACAAAACCUGCUAUAUACAGUAUAUGUAUUAUAAAUAAGCACAAAGCCCUUCUGUUUUAAAGUCAUCUCAUGCAAUUUCAGCUCACUUAUUGAUGCAAAACUACUUUGCAAAUGUAACCAAAUUACUAUUUUUUCCUUCCUGAAAUUUCAACUUAAAUCACCAUCCUGAAAGUACAAGACAUGCAUUUUAAGUAAAAUGAGAAAUAAAAAUCUCAGAGCAGAAUAACUGGAAUGAUUAACUGACAGUUGCAUUUGUUCAUUACAUUAAUUCCGAAGACGUUGAUAAGUCCCAAGCACACAUGCAAAGGUGUAAAACUAAAGUAGUAUACCAGUUCAGCAUUACUCCGAGUAAGCAACAAAAUUAUGAUUAUAUAUAUCAGCUUUCUAACUUCAGUUCUGUUGAUCACAACCUACUGUCUCUUGCCCUUCAUGUUCCCAAGGAAUAGGGUCAUUGUCUUGAGCAUCGGGAACUGCUUCCCUGUCGUGCCAGAAUUGUUCAACAUCUGGCAAAAUGGGCAUCUCCUUCUUGAUUUCCAUGCUUUCUGAGGUUUGAGGGACAGAGGGGGGCUCUUUUUCUUCAUCAGGAGUCA